UGUUUCUUCUGCAUGAUGUUAACUGAAAGAUGCUCUGCAUUUUCUUGAUUUCUAUGGAGACCUCAGAGCGGGUUUUGCCUCUGCUGACACCUCAUUUUGCACCUUCUCUACCUCCCAAGGUCUUUUCCUCUCUCUAUAGCUCGGCAUUGCCCCUGGGUCCAGAGAACCCUUAAAGACCCAAAGGGGAGAGCCUAGAGAAUCAUUCUAAUAGAUUUUUUUGGAGCAGUGAUGGCUGGACAUACUUUAAACCACAUCGUAACAUGGGUCAAGCUGACUCUAGAAAACAAGUGCUAAAACCAAAGUCUUAUUUGCAUUUUAUUUAAAUUUGACGGACUGAGAUUUGGACAGUAUCCAUGGAAGAAAAAUAUAUUUCAGUUCAUAGGCACCGUUGCUGGCUGUCAGAUACUUACUGCCUACGAAUCUUGCAACAGCAAGUCACCACCACAUCCCAGACACAUUUCUGAAUUUGAACAUCCACCCUAAAACAUAGGUGUUUUAGGGACCGUGUCAUUUAUGACUUGGGCUUGAGUGUGCUAGGCUGUUUAUCUGGACCAGCAAAGCUCUGGAGAGCAAUGUUGAAUCCCUGAGAAGACAGAGCAUGGAUUGUGCUGAUUUAAAAACAGAAAAUGCAAAGUUGGACUGAAAAUAUCCUUAGUCUUCCAAGCAAUCUGCUUAAGGGUUCCAAACUUACCUUCCUUUGGUGAAGAAAGAAGCUGCCCUAUUUUUCUUUCUUCUUCUUCUACAACUGAAACCAGCCAUUUCCAAAAGCCGCAGCCAUGGAGGUCGCAAUGGUGAGUGCCGAGAGCUCAGGGUGCAACAGUCACAUGCCUUAUGGUUAUGCAGCCCAGGCCAGGGCCCGGGAGCGAGAGAGGCUUGCUCAUUCACGGGCGGCUGCGGCUGCCGCUGUGGCAGCGGCCACAGCUGCUGUGGAAGGCAGUGGGGGUUCUGGUGGGGGCUCCCACCACCACCACCACCAGUCACGUGGGGCCUGCAGCUCCCACGAUCCGCAGAGUGGCCGCGGCAGUCGGAGGAGGAGGCGCCAGCGGCCUGAGAAAAAGAAAGUCCACCAUCGGCCAAGCACCUUUCCACAUUGUACUGACCUGAUGCCCAGUGGAUCGGAAGAGAAAAUCCUGAAGGAGCUGAGUGAAGAAGAGGAAGAUGAGGAGGAGGAGGAAGAGGAAGAAGAGGAGGGAAGGUUUUACUACAGUGAAGAUGACCACGGAGAUGGAUGCUCCUACACAGACUUGCUGCCUCAGGACGAUGGGGGAGGUGGUGGCUACAGUUCAGUCCGCUACAGUGACUGCUGUGAACGUGUGGUCAUCAAUGUGUCAGGCCUGCGCUUUGAGACCCAGAUGAAAACUCUGGCCCAGUUUCCAGAAACUUUGUUAGGGGACCCUGAGAAGAGAACUCAGUAUUUUGACCCUUUGCGCAACGAGUAUUUUUUUGACAGGAACCGGCCCAGUUUUGAUGCCAUCCUGUAUUAUUACCAGUCCGGAGGUCGCCUGAAGAGGCCAGUCAAUGUCCCCUUUGAUAUCUUCACGGAGGAGGUCAAGUUCUACCAGCUGGGAGAGGAGGCCUUGCUCAAGUUUCGAGAGGAUGAGGGCUUUGUGAGAGAGGAGGAGGACAGGGCGCUGCCAGAGAAUGAAUUUAAAAAGCAGAUCUGGCUUCUCUUUGAGUAUCCUGAGAGCUCCAGUCCUGCGAGGGGCAUAGCCAUCGUGUCUGUCCUGGUCAUCUUAAUCUCCAUCGUCAUCUUCUGCCUGGAGACCUUGCCCGAGUUCAGGGACGACAGAGACCUCGUCAUGGCACUGAGUGCUGGUGGGGUUGGGCACGGUGGACUAUCCAAUGAUACCUUGGCACCCCAUCUGGAGAACUCGGGGCAUACAAUUUUCAAUGACCCCUUCUUCAUAGUGGAGACAGUCUGCAUCGUGUGGUUUUCCUUUGAAUUUGUGGUCCGCUGCUUCGCUUGUCCUAGCCAAGCGCUAUUCUUCAAAAACAUCAUGAACAUCAUUGAUAUCGUGUCCAUCUUGCCUUACUUCAUCACUCUGGGCACGGACCUGGCCCAGCAACAGGGAGGUGGCAAUGGGCAGCAGCAACAGGCCAUGUCCUUUGCCAUCCUCAGGAUCAUUCGUCUGGUCCGAGUGUUCCGGAUCUUCAAGCUCUCCCGGCACUCCAAGGGCCUGCAGAUCCUGGGCCACACCCUCAGAGCCAGCAUGCGGGAGCUGGGCCUUCUGAUCUUCUUCCUCUUCAUUGGGGUCAUCCUCUUUUCCAGUGCUGUGUAUUUUGCAGAGGCGGAUGAACCUACUACCCACUUCCAAAGCAUUCCAGAUGCAUUUUGGUGGGCUGUGGUCACCAUGACAACUGUGGGCUAUGGGGACAUGAAGCCCAUCACUGUGGGGGGCAAAAUUGUGGGGUCCCUGUGUGCCAUUGCAGGUGUCUUAACCAUUGCUUUGCCAGUGCCAGUGAUUGUCUCUAACUUUAACUAUUUCUACCACAGAGAAACUGAAAAUGAGGAACAGACACAGUUGACCCAGAAUGCAGUCAGUUGUCCAUACCUCCCUUCCAAUUUGCUCAAGAAAUUUCGGAGUUCUACUUCUUCUUCCCUGGGGGACAAGUCAGAGUAUUUAGAGAUGGAAGAAGGAGUUAAGGAAUCUCUGUGUGCAAAGGAGAAGUGUCAGGGGAAGGGGGAUGACAGUGAGACAGAGAAAAACAACUGUUCCAAUGUAAAAGCUGUGGAGACUGAUGUAUGAAUGGCUUUCUCCACCUGCCACUGUCCCCCAACUCCACCCUGCAGCAUCUCCAAAUAUAUUUGUGUGUAGAGAGUACAGUUACAAAAAUGAAAUAUGCAAUUGAGUCCAGUGCAUACAGUAGUACGCCAUUUAACGGUUAUAUAUGGCAUAUUUGUUGCUAAACUUGUAUUACAUAUCAAAUAAAUGAUACAUCUUGGAGAAGAGGGAGGCUUAAAUAGGAGUAAACCUAUCUUUAUAUUUUUUAUUAGAAUGCAAGAAUUUUGCACAUAAACUGGAAAAUGUUUAAAGAUAGUUUGAUGGAGAAUGUGCGUUUAUGUGUGUGUUGAUGUAUGCCUAUGUGUGGCUGGGAAGCUGUGUGUGUAAGUAAAUUGACAGUGUUAUUAGUAAUUGUGCAAUGAUGGGAAAAGUUGGCAUUUGAAGUAUUUACUAUUUAAGAACUAAUGAAUUUGAGCAGUAAUUUAUCAGUGCUUUAAUAACAUCUCAUAUGUCUUUGGAUUCUGUAGUUGUGUGUGUUUUUUUUAAUUGUAAUUAUUACUGUGUAGAAGAAAAGAAAGUAAAUUAUUUAAUAGAAUAUAGGUCACACUUUUAUCAUGGAUUUAAUUAAAGUUUAUUUUUAACUGGAAAUUAACUUUUAAAAAGGCUAGAGGGGCCUUUAGAAAUUGACUAUAUUUUGUUA